AUGUCGACAUCUUCCAAUACCGAAGCCGACUCUCAGCUCUACGACGUUGAGAGCCAGCGUUUGGCUCCCGUUAUAUCGGCUAGUCAUCAGCCGUAUCUUCAUACGGCACCUACCCACAUCGAACCUCUUGACGCCGCCAAUUUCCCUGUCGCUGCCGUCAGCUCCCAGGCUGAUCUGACAGAAUACGUCUCUCCUCACCAGGACGGUUAUGUCACCGACAAAGAGGGUUACAAGCUCGUCACCUUUACACCCGGCGAUCCCGGCAACCCAAAGAACUGGUCAAGGGGCUACAAGUGGUACUGCACCAUGGUCGUCGCUCUUCUGUGUUUCGCUGUCGCCUUCGGCUCUGCUGUCGUCACCGGUGAUAUCAUUGGUGUCCAAGAACAUUUCAACGUCUCACAAGAAGUCGUAAUCUUGACCGUCACUCUUUUCGUCAUUGGCUUUGGUGUCGGUCCUCUUGCAUUUGCUCCUCUGUCUGAGCUUUUCGGCCGACAGAUUGUCUACCUCACUACCCUUGCCGUUGCCGUCGUUUUCAUUGUUCCCUGCGCUGUCGCUCAGAACAUCGGAACUCUCCUCGUCGCUCGUUUCAUCGAUGGUGUUGCCUUCUCCGCACCCAUGACCCUUGUCGGUGGUACUCUUGCCGAUCUCUGGGACGAUGAAGAGCGUGGUGUUGCCAUGGCUACCUUCUCGGCUGCUCCUUUCGUUGGUCCUUGCAUCGGUCCCAUUGUCGGUGGUUACAUUGGCGACACUGUCUCCUGGAGAUGGAUCUACUACGUUUUCUUGAUUUUCAGCGGUGCCAUCUACGUCCUCGUCGCUCUUACCAUUCCCGAGACUUUCGCACCUGAGAUCUUGAAGAGAAGAGCCCGCAAGCUCCGGAAGGAGACUGGCGACAGCACUUAUGUCACUGACCUUGAGCGCAACCGACGUCCUCUCGGCGAGAUGUUGAAGGUCUCGCUUUGCCGUCCCAUGAUCUUGCUCUGCCGCGAGCUCAUUGUCUUGUUGAUGUCGAUCUACAUGUCCGUUGUCUAUGGCUUGCUCUACAUGUUCUUCUUUGCCUACCCCGUUGUUUUCCAGGAGGGCAAGGGAAUGAGCGGUGGCUCGACCGGUCUUAUGUUCAUCCCCAUCGCAGUCGGUGUCGUCCUCUCGACCUGUCUCUCGCCUUUUGUCAACAGGCACUACAUCAAGCUUAGCAAGAGAUACAACGGCCACCCGCCAGCUGAGAUCCGCUUGAUCCCCAUGAUGAUCUCGUGCUGGUUUAUCCCUAUUGGUCUCUUCAUCUUUGCCUGGACUUCUUACCCGCGCUUGUCCUGGGUCGGACCUUGCCUUGCUGGUUUCCCUUGCGGUCUCGGCUUCUGCUUGCUCUACAACUCGGCCAACAACUACAUCGUCGACUCGUAUCAGCAUCACGCCGCCUCCGCGCUCGCAGCCAAGACCUUCUUGCGUUCGAUGUGGGGUGCCGCCUGCCCCUUGUUCACCAUCCAGAUGUACCACCGACUCGGAAACGAGUGGGCUGGCUCUCUUCUUGCAUUCAUCUCUCUCGCCUGCUGCGCUAUCCCGUAUCUCUUCUACUGGUACGGUGCUAAAGUCCGCUCGUUCUCCAAGUACGCUUAUGCGCCUGAGGACGACGCCGCAGAGAAGGCCGAGGGUCGCUAA